GACCGUCCUUUGUUCCGGCCUCAGCUGACGACUUUCUUACAUAAACAUUCACGUAAGACUUUGUGGUUCUCUGAACAUGUCUUGUAGAGGUUGUAUGUGAUUGUCCCUUGAUGUCACACUGAGGUAAGGUAUUCAUCAUGGGUGGUUGGAAAUUAGAAAUAGGCAAGAUGGCCAUGUACAUGUCCUUCCCAGUUGCUGUCUUUUACUUCUUCAAUCAACCUCAGUAUUUUGAAGAUUGGAUUGUCAAGAUGCGACGUGAACUAUACCCUCCCCUUGAUAAGAUGCACACCAAGGAAAUUGAUGACUGCAUUAAAAAAUUACAUGAAAGGAAAGAGAAGGAAUUAUUGAAGGCAUUAGAAGAAGAAGAGAAAGCUUUUAAAUAGUAGCAAAAUGAACAAAUUACUUAAAAGAAGUGAAGUAUUCCCUUUUGUGAAGUGUGAAUAGAAUGGAAAAAUAAAAAAGUGUAAUGUAAAUGAAAUGAGUAUGUAGUAUAUUGUGAUUGAACAAUAGGAUUUUUGAUGUAACAUUGUUUUAAAUUAUUGAAUUAACAAACUUUGGAAAGAAAGUUAUAAUGGCAGGAUUUGGUGUGAUUGUAGAAUUUUCACAAUCAGAAUUCACAAGUGCAGAUAAUCUAAGCUGCUCAGGAGUGUAUCUAGGGAAUGGGUUUGUUCUCUCACAUGGCACAAUUAUCAUUGAUGUUAUCAAGAACAAAUUGGGUAAAGCCCUUCUCCAAGAAAUCUUGAGGAAAGGUUUUAUAGACUAUGAAAAAGAUGCAAUCUUGAUAACUGAAACUUUCCAAGCAACAUGUUCAGAAUUCCGAAUAAUUUUUCCCACCGAACACAUGAAUAGUGUGAAAGAACCUCAAGCCCCACUGAAGACCAUUUCUGAUGAUCAAAGAUUCUUACUUAGCUCAGCAUCUUCAACUGAAGCAGAAAAUGCAACUCAUGCAAGUCAUUCAAGAGAUAAAACCAUUUGUGAAAAAGCCAGCAAUUCCAGUACAGCAAACUACAAAUCACUGCAGACAACCUGUGGAUAUUCCUCCCAUCCAGCAUCUGUUGCCAUGGUUUUUCUCCAAGAUGGUAUAACAGAGAGCUUGUCUACCAUUAUGCCAUCUUCUCAGGGGUGGAAGUUGACCGAAGAUAAAGAUGAGAAUCUUACAAUUCAGUUUGAAAGAAUCCUUCUCUCAACCUUUGUAGUUCUGAAAAUAAUGAGAAAUGGUCAGGAAGCAGUUGGGAAAGCAAGCAUUACAGAUUUGAUGUCUUCAGUGAAAAAAAUAGCAAACAUCACAACCAGGAGUCAAAAAGGAUCAGGUGUGUUUGUGGAGAGUUCACCAUUUGGAAGCUUGUCUCCAGAUGUAUUUCUGAAUUCCCUAAGCUAUGGUAUCAUCAGUAAUGUCUGUGGCAGUAAUGGUGAUGUGCUGUUAACAGAUGCUCGUUGCAUUAUGGGAUCAGAAGGAGCUCCAGUCUUUUCUGAUAAUCAAAAAAGAAGUCUUUGUGGGUUGGUUAUCUCCCCAUUUUGUUGGCGACAAGGAGAAUGGCUUGGGCUUACACUUGUAGCAUGUGCAUAUUCUGUCCUUACAGUCUUAAUGAACCAUUUGAAGUCUGACUUACAGGAAGAGAACAGCCAAGAGUUUACUAAAAAUGCAGAGUCAAAUAAGCAGUCUACUAGACAACUUCAUGAAUUUUCAAAUGGCAUCAGCUCAGACCCAUUUGAUGAUAAGAGCAGUAAUCUGUCUAUGCAGUUGUCUGAGAAAAUAUUGAAGAAAAGCAUGAAUGAAGGUUUUGCCAAGAUUGUGGACAGUUCUGUGGUUGGAGUGCAGUGUGGUACUGGCUGGGGAAGUGGUGUGAUAGUUAGCAAAACUCCCGGAGUUAUUAUUACUUGUGCACAUGUCAUAGGUCCAGCAAAUAGUGAUGCAGUCAAAAUUGUCCUGGCAGAUGGGUCUUAUCACCAAGGUCAGGUAGUCUUCAAGACCAGACCAGCCACCUUGACCACACAAAAUACAGGGACAAGCAGGCAAGGGAAGAGUGUGUGGGAUCUGGCCGUUAUUGUGACUGCCAAAUCUCUGCCUUCUUCCUUACCAUUAGCUACAGAAAUACCUCCAAAAGGCUGGCCUGUUGUGGUAGCAGGAUAUGGAGUAUUCUCCCCUCAAUAUCUGCCCACACCAACUCUGUCUCGAGGAAUAGUUUCAAAAACUAUAAA